AUGCUAAAUACUUUUAUAUAUUCCAAUGUCGAUUCAUCACGAAGAAUCAAAAUUCAAUGCGCUAUCCUAAAAGAUAUUACGUGCCAACUCCCUCAAAUCAAUAUUGAUGUACAAAAAUUAAACAUCCCAGACGGCAUUCAGUUAGCAGAUCCCGAAUUUGGUACUCCUGGUGAUAUAGACAUGCUUAUUGGUGCUGAUUGCUACUACAAUUUGUUGUCAGAUGGCAUAAUAUACCUAGGAAAAAGAUUGCCUGUAUUGCAAAACACCAAUUUAGGUUGGUUAGUGGCUGGAAAUGUCCCUAACUAUUGCAUUUCAAAUAACUCUCAGUCUUUUGCUAAUAAUCUCCUUACCAAAUUCUGGACUGUAGAAGAAAUUCCUCAAAAAUCUUCGCUAUCCGACGAAGAUGAAGCAGCUGAAAAUAAUUUCAUUGCAACUACGAAAGUACUGGAGGAUGGUAGAUUCCAAGUGAAUAUGCCCCUCAAAACUCCCACUGAACAUCAAAAACUUGGUGAUUCUUUUUCUAUAGCGAAAAAACGAUUCUCCAUGCUUGAAAAACGCUUCCAAAAUAACCCUAAAUUAUUCUCUGAAUACAAAGACUUCAUUGAUGAGUAUAUAGCCCUUGGUCAUGCCAAGUAUGUCCCAUUGACAAUGACCAAUUCUAAUUUAGAAAAUAAAUAUUUCAUUCCCCAUUUGUGUGUGAUCAGAGAACUCAGUACAACCACAAAGUUGCGGGUUGUUUUUGACGCUUCGUGCAAAAGUUCGUCAGGAUAUUCUCUUAAUGAUGUGACCCUAAAGGGUUUCCAAGUAUAG